GGUGAACCACCCGCGCCUCUGAGGUCGGGUUCUUCUCUCUGUUCUUCCUGCCAUUAAAGGAACUCAGUACACCGGUCAAGUCUCUGCUCCUCUCGCUUCUUCCCGCCCCUCAUCCUUUCCAAAUCAAGAUCGCCAGAGGCUGUGGCCUGAGAGUUAGGAGCCAGGCAGAGUUAACAGGGAAGCCAUGAAAGCAGCCGAGAAAGAGGAAAUCAGCGUUGAAGAUGAAGCUGUGGAUAAAACCAUUUUCAGAGACUGUAGUGAGAUUGCUUUCUACAGGCGGCAGAAACAGCAGCUCUCCAAGAAUGCCACCUACCAGGCAUUGUUAGACUCAGUCACUACAGAACAGGACAGCACCAGGUUCCACGUCGUCAGUGAAGCCAACAAGAUUCCUCUCCUGGUUGAAGUUUAUGGGAUAGAGAAAAACAUUUUCAGACUUAAAAUCAAUGAAGAAACUCCACUGAAACCAAGGUAUGAAGUUCCUGAUGUCAUCACCAGCAAGCUAAGAACAGUAAGGCUGGUCUCGUGCUCAGGGGAUGCCGGCAGCCUGAUACUGACACAUGACGAAGGAGAUCUGAAGUGUCAUAUCUCAGCAAACCCAUUCAAGAUAGACUUGGUGUCUGAGAACGAGCCUGUGAUCAGCAUCAACUCCCUGGGCCAGUUAUACUUUGAGCACUUACAGACUCCUCACAAGCAAAGCAGAGCUACCAAAGGGAACCAGGAGAGUGCGCCAGCUGACACCUUUCAGGAAAAUCAAGAAGACCUAGGCCUGUGGGAAGAGAAAUUUGGAAAAUUUGUGGAUGUCAAAGCUAAUGGUCCUUCCUCUAUUGGUUUGGAUUUCUCCUUUCAUGGAUUUGAACAUCUCUAUGGUAUCCCUCAACAUGCAGAAUCACACCAACUUAAAAACACUAGGGAUGGAGAUGCAUACCGCCUUUAUAACCUAGAUGUCUAUGGAUAUCAAAUACAUGACAAAAUGGGCAUCUAUGGUUCAGUGCCUUAUCUCCUGGCCCACAAACAGGGCAAGACUGUAGCCAUUUUCUGGCUAAAUGCCUCAGAAACACUAGUGGAGAUCAACACAGAGCCAGCAGUUGAGUACACACUGACCCAGACUGGCCCAGUAGCUGCCAAACAAAAGGUCGGGUGUCGAACCGAUGUGCGCUGGAUGUCAGAGAGUGGAAUCAUUGAUGUUUUUCUGCUGACAGGACCUACCCCUUCUGACAUCUUCAAGCAGUACUCAUCCCUCACAGGCACACAAGCCAUGCCCCCUCUUUUUUCCCUGGGGUACCACCAGUGCCGCUGGAACUAUGAAGACGAGCAGGAUGUGAAGACAGUGGAUGCAGGUUUUGAUGAGCAUGACAUUCCAUAUGACGUCAUGUGGCUGGACAUAGAGCACACCGAGGACAAGAAAUACUUCACCUGGGACAAAAAGAGGUUCCCAAACCCCAGAAGGAUGCAAGAGCUACUCAGGAGCAAAAAACGCAAGCUUGUGGUUAUCAGUGACCCCCACAUCAAGGUGGAUCCUGACUACUCAGUCUAUGCUAAAGCCAAAGAACAGGGCUUCUUUGUGAAGAAUCCAGAAGGUGGCGACUUCGAAGGAGUAUGUUGGCCUGGUCUCUCAUCUUACCUGGAUUUCACCAAUCCCAAGGUCAGAGAGUGGUAUUCCAGCCUUUUUGCUUUUCCUGCUUAUCAGGGAUCUACAGACAUCCUCUUCAUAUGGAAUGACAUGAAUGAGCCCUCAGUCUUCAGAGGACCGGAGCUAACCAUGCAAAAGAAUGCUGUUCAUUAUGGCAACUGGGAACACAGGGAACUUCACAACAUCUAUGGAUUUUAUCAGCAAAUGGCUACUGCAGAAGGAUUGAUACAGCGAUCUAAAGGGAAGGAGAGACCCUUUGUUCUUUCACGUUCUUUCUUUGCUGGAUCACAAAAGUAUGGUGCAGUAUGGACGGGAGAUAAUGCAGCAGAAUGGAACUAUCUGAAAAUUUCCAUCCCAAUGUUACUCACCCUCAGUGUCUCGGGGAUCUCUUUCUGUGGAGCUGAUGUGGGUGGCUUCAUUGGCAAUCCAGAGGCAGAGCUGCUGGUGCGUUGGUACCAGGCUGGAGCUUACCAGCCCUUCUUCCGUGGCCAUGCCACCAUGAACACCAAGCGUCGAGAACCCUGGCUGUUUGGGGAAGAAUACACCCGGCUGAUCCGGGAAGCCAUCAGAGAGCGCUACACCCUCCUACCCUAUCUGUACUCCGUGUUUUACCGUGUGCACAUGUCUUCUGAACCUGUCAUGAGGCCUCUGUGGGUCGAGUUCCCUGAUGACUUAGAGACUUUCAGUGUGGAUGAUGAAUACAUGCUAGGAAGUGCUUUAUUGGUUCAUCCAAUUACAGAGCCACAGACAACCAUGGCUGAUGUAUUCCUACCAGGGUCAAAUGAGGUCUGGUAUGACUCUAAGACAUUUGCACAGUGGAAAGGAGGAUGUACUGUGAAGAUUCCAGUAACCUUGGAUACUAUACCAGUGUUUCAACGAGGCGGAAGUGUGGUACCAACAAAGACCAGUGUGGGCAAGUCCACAGGCUGGAUGCCUGACUCCCCAUAUGGACUCCGGCUCGCUCUAAGCACUCAGGAUUCUGCUGUGGGAGAGCUGUAUCUUGAUGAUGGCCAUUCAUUCCAGUACCUCCAGGACCAGUUCUUACACCGAAGGUUUUCAUUCCAUUCCGGUGUUCUGAUCAACAGGUGUGCUGAUGAAAAGGGUCAUUAUCCCAGCAAGUGCGUAGUGGAGCAGAUUUUGGUCUUAGGCAUUGGGAAGAAGCCAUCUUCUGUGACUACCCACUCAUCUGAUGGUAAGGUUCAGCCUGCAGCUUUUACGUACCAUGCCAAAACAUCUACCCUGAGUCUGGAGAAGCUUUCCCUCGGCAUUGCUGAUGACUGGGAGGUCCAUAUCAGAUGAUGAGCAGGUGCCCUGGUGAUGAGUGUGGGAGCCUUCAGACCACCCAGCCUCCUGGCCUUCUGUGAGAUCUGUGCUGCCAUCCAAUUUGCUUCCCUGGAAAAAAUGAUAUUUUGCUUGUCUCUAGGAUAUUGAUGACCAGUAGAUUUCAGAUUUGAAGAUUUCAGGUACAGUGGCCCAUUCCUGUAAUCACAGCACUCAGGAGGCUAAGACAGAAGGAUCAUGAUGAGUUCAAGACUAGCUUAAGCUGUAUCACAAGACCUUGUCUCAAAAAAUCAAAAAUAAGAUUUCAAUUUUACACCUAAAGAUGCAUUAUUGAUGAACUGUACAUGCACUGCCCUUCCCACAGACCAACAAAGCCGUGAGCCAUUGAUAGAGCAGUGAGCAGCCCGACCUGGAGCUACUCAGGAGGCCCAUUUUUAGGGCUUGCCUUGGGCUGUGCAGCAGAGUCACUCUGGCUGUUGCAGCAGCAGAGUUGCCCAAACCAAUCUCCAAAUAGAUGACAGUGCCCAGUGUUCUCGGGGUUGCCUUCCACCACAGCAGUGCAGGCACGGCGCCCUCUCCUGCGGACACUGCAUAUAGGCAGGGCUGUAGAAAGCUCUCCCUAGAGGAAGUUUCCCUUUCUUGCUUCGGAGACUCAAUCUUCAAGUUCAGAUUUACUCCUUUUUAAUUAUAUUUUACUAAAUACUCUCUACUAACCAAAGAAUAUUUAAACACAAAUAAGCUAUAAUUAGUAAUAAUGAAAUAAAUAUCCAUGUCCCACAAGCGAACUUCAACAGUAGAGCACAGGACUGGGACUAUAAUAACACAAGUAAGAGGCAAUCAAUAAUCAAAUAAGUAAUAUUUUAAUGCACUGUCUUUUUUUUUUUUUUUUUUUUUUGGUUUUU